CAUGACCCGCGGCCGGGUCCCGUGGGGCUGCCGAGCGGGCGAUGGGGCGGCCGGUGGCGGGCGGGCCUGGGCCCCGCGCCUGGGUCCUGCGGCUGCUGCUCGGGCUGGCGGCCUGGCGGGGCGGCGCGGCCGGGCCGAGCGCGGUGUGCAGCUGCUGCCCGGGCCCGGUGCGGAACGGCUCCAGCGUGGCCAGUUACUGCGCGGCGCGCCCGGCCUUGGAGCUGCAGGGGCGCUGCUGCCUCAGCAGGGAGCCGGAGCCGGAGCUGGGCGUCAUCGUGGGGCUGGAUCUGGGCAACUGCUCCCUGACGCUCCUCUGUGCUGGGUUCCCGGAUGCCAACACUGCUGUUGUCAUUGACCUGACCGAGAACCCCUUGGGGAACAUCCCCAACACCUCCUUCCAGGGCUUCACCAGGCUGCAGAGCAUAUCCCUGCCACGUGCCCUGGAGUGCCCUGGAGGGAACAUGGCCUGGGACCUCAACACCACCCACGGGGACAGCCGGACCUGCCAGGGACAGAGGAACUUCUGCAACAGCUCGGGGGAGCUUGCGCGGGGGCCUCGGCCCAGCCCCGAUUCCAACCGCGUCUCCUGUCUGGUUCUGCUCAGCCUGGCUGUGCCCAGAGAACUCCCAGUGCAGCCCCGACGGACCCGGGCUCGUCCAGUGCCUGUGCUCCGGGAGCUACCACGGCUACAAGUGUCUGCGUGAGGGCACCUUUCCCCUGCUGCUCUUCUAUGGGAUCCUGGGAGCCGUGACGACCACCCUGUCCCUGCUGGCCUGGGGCAGCCAGCGCCGGAAAGCCAAGGCCUCCUGAGCCCCUCCUGCAGGACGGGGAAAGGGCGGAGACCGGGCUGGGGGGCCUGCGCGGGGGCUUCUCCGCAGCCACUGAACUCGCCAUGGUGCCGCGUGCUGGCUCCUUUCAGCGCCCCGGGACGGUCCGGCUGCCCUCAUCCCCCGUUCUCUGCCAGGGGGGAGACCUGGCUCCUCGGCCCCAGGCAAAGCUCAUUCCCGGAGCGUAAAGCCCCACCCUGCGCUCCGGGCACCCUGCCUAGCCCCACCCCAGGCUCAGCCGCCCCAAUCUCCCUGCCCUGCCCCCUCACAGUGCGGAGCCUGUGGCUGGGGCAGCGGCCCCAGCCCCGAGCACAGAUCUUCUCGGAGCAGGACGUGGGUGCUGGCCUGCCAGGUCCCCCAUGGAGUGGAGGCUUCUGGGUCUGACCACCCCACCUCCCCAAAGUCACGGACCCACAGGCCUUUGGACAGUGUCUGGGAGGAGCCCUGCACUGGGCUCAGCCCCAGCUGUGGGUGACAUGGCGAUCGUGGGGGGUGGGGUCUGAUGGGGGGGGGGGGGGGGGAAAACAAGGUCUCCACAGUAAAAUUCCUUCCUGACCCCCAAAAUGGGCAUUUUGACCCCGAUCACGUGAGCAGGACGCACCAGCCGAGCAUCUGUGAAGGACAAUUUGUUGAGCCAUCCUGCUGGGGGCCCAUCUCCAGCCAUGGCCAAUCACUGACACUGGAGAAAUAAUGCCCAGAAUGCACCAGGGGAGGGCUCUGUCUUUCCUGAUGCCUGCAGGAGACCAGCUGACUCCCUGAAGCAUGAGAUCUGGGACACAACACACAGGACAUUGCCCAGGGCAGAUGGAGGCUCUGCGGCUCCCCACAGCCCCCUGCAGUCACUGCUCCCCAAGGGCUUUGCCAGCCCUGGAGCCAGGCUCCCAACCCGGGCGGCUCUGAUGGGCUGCGAGCAGUCGAAGGGCAGCAGGGAGAUGAGGAGCAUCUGCAGCCCCAGGGCCUCAGGCACAACCAGCAGGAGGAGUGCCAAGGCCGCCGGUACCAUGGCUCCAGCCAGAACAGCAGCCCCUUGCACUGCCCGGCUCUGCCUGUGACCUGGCCAAGGGGGUGGGACCUCAGGGGGAGACGAGGUGGGGCUGGCACUUGCUGGGGGAGGAGCAGUGGGUGGGGUCACAGAUAGGGCAGGGCCUCAUGGGGGGGUGCACCCCUCCAAUUUUCUGUCUAGCCCACCUCAGCCCCCCCCAGAGGGAAGAGUCUGGCACCGCCCCAGGGCCUUGCCCAGGGUAAGGCUCAUCCAAUGCAGGGUGGGUUGGUGACCUCUGCAAUAUACCCACAGGUAGGAAACUCAGCUGCAUCACUUGUCGUGGGGAGCUGCGGUCGUGCUUCCCCCUUGUCUU